CCGGUGCCAGGGGCGGAGGAAUACCCUCAGAGGGAGGGAUGGUGACGCGGCUCGGACGGAGAAGGGGGGGGAAUGAAAAAGUUAGAAUAGAAGAGAAAUAUAGGCAGAGUGAGGGGAGAAGUGCGGGCAAUGAGCGGCAGGUAGAGGUGUGACCCCACCGGAGGAGCACGCAGGCCCACACUUUCUUAGCUUACAUCCUAUUCUAUAGGGGGGCUGCCAUGUCCUCCAUCCUGCCCUUCACUCCCCCAAUUGUCAAGAGACUUCUGGGCUGGAAGAAGGGAGAGCAGAAUGGCCAGGAGGAGAAGUGGAGCGAGAAGGCGGUGAAGAGCCUAGUGAAGAAGCUGAAGAAGACCGGCCAGCUGGACGAGCUGGAGAAAGCCCUGGCAACCCAGAGCAUCAGCACCAAGUGCAUCACCAUCCCCAGAUCUCUGGAUGGUAGACUGCAAGUGUCCCAUCGGAAAGGAUUGCCUCACGUCAUAUACUGCCGCCUCUGGAGGUGGCCGGACCUGCACAGUCACCACGAGCUCCGGGCAAUGGAAAUGUGUGAAUACGCUUUCAACAUGAAGAAGGAUGAAGUGUGUGUAAAUCCAUAUCAUUAUCAGAGAGUAGAGACUCCAGUUCUGCCUCCUGUGCUAGUCCCAAGAAACACAGAGAUUCCUGCAGAAUUUCCUCCUCUCGAUGACUAUAGUCAUUCCAUCCCAGAGAAUACCAACUUCCCAGCAGGCAUUGAGCCCAUAACCAGCUACAUUCCAGAAACUCCACCUCCUGGUUACCUGAGUGAAGAUGGGGAAACUAGUGAUCAGAUGAACCACAGCAUAGACUCAGGGUCGCCGAGCCUGUCUCCAAACUCCAUGUCUCCUGCGCAUAGUAACAUGGAUCUCCAGCCAGUCACAUAUUGUGAGCCUGCCUUCUGGUGCUCCAUCUCAUACUACGAGCUCAACCAGCGAGUCGGAGAGACUUUUCACGCGUCCCAACCCUCCAUGACGGUGGACGGAUUUACAGACCCGUCAAACUCUGAACGAUUUUGCUUGGGCCUGCUGUCAAAUGUUAACCGCAAUGCUGCUGUGGAACUGACCCGGCGACAUAUUGGUAGAGGAGUACGUCUGUACUACAUUGGAGGCGAAGUGUUUGCCGAAUGCCUCAGCGACAGUGCGAUAUUUGUACAAUCUCCAAAUUGUAACCAACGCUACGGCUGGCACCCUGCUACUGUAUGCAAGAUACCUCCAGGUUGCAAUCUAAAGAUUUUUAAUAACCAGGAGUUUGCUGCUUUACUAGCCCAGUCGGUGAACCAAGGAUUCGAAGCGGUGUAUCAGCUGACCCGGAUGUGUACUAUACGGAUGAGCUUUGUUAAGGGCUGGGGAGCGGAGUACAGGCGCCAGACUGUGACCAGCACACCAUGUUGGAUCGAGCUCCACCUGAACGGCCCCUUACAGUGGCUGGAUAAGGUUCUCACUCAGAUGGGUUCCCCAACCAUUCGAUGCUCUAGUGUCUCAUAGAGCAGUGUGUCCAGGUCCCAAAAUGUAAAGGACCUGGAAUAAAACAGUAACUACACAGUCCACAUAGAGCAGGAGCUCAGCAGCACAAACCCAAUGUGGAACUAUUUUUUGGACUUCAUCUGGAACCUUUACCCCUUGCCUAUGGUAUGUUACCUGCCUCCAGUACCCAGCAUUACCUUGGAAAUGAAACACUCAGCGGUUCUUCCCUGCCAUGGCUGCAGGGAACACGUGACAUUCAGUCUAUUGAGUAGACUGCAAUACAAAACUUUUACACAGACUUGACAGUUAUAUUUGGGAAAGUCAAGACUAAACAAGUUUUGCAAUACAGGGUACAACUUUUACUACAAGUAUCUUACAGAACUGAUCAAGUAUUAGGUCCUCUCCCACCUCCUCCAAUAGGUGUGGCCAUCUUCCCCCAUGGAUCUCUGCUGCAGGGGUGACCUUUCACCUUCAUGACUUUGGUUUGAUUUAUUGUUCUUUUAAUACGGUAAGGUGAUUCUGUUCAGUCUUGUGGCACAGAUGUGUCUCCUAAACAUUGGGACCGGUCCGGUGCUGAGUCUGGUCUUAGAAAUCCCAAGAACUCUCGUAAGAAAUGACAACUGGAGGAGUACGUUUCCUUCUGAAAUGCUCACGUGUAUAACGUCUGAGUGUGAAGCCUGCUGUUCUACAGGUACAUCUCCGUAAUAUUACCCAGCAUGUGGUCGGGCAGCUCUAGUGCCACAACUGGGUGAGAACCAUUCCAGCUCAUCUGGAUAGCACUUUGCAUGAGGUUUAACCCCUCCUUCUCUGUCAGGCGGGUAACCUUUUCCUUACGUGCACAGUUGGGGAUCUUUCUCCUUUCCCGAGGCUCAUUUUUUUUAGGAGGGCAUGUGCAGGCCCGUGUUGUACCAGCUGGAAUCCUUCUCUCUACUAAAGCAGCAAGCUGCUUAUUUGUGGUUAGCUCUCAGCUCUCUCCCUAGGUUGUUCCUACUUGCUUAUAGAUCUCCAGACCUUAGAUCCACAUCUACUUGUAAUGUUUGUUAUUCUUGGUUUCUGUGAGAUAUAAUGAAUUUCUUGCACCCUGCAGCUCUAUGUAGGGAGGAUAUUGGUGCAGCACACACAUCCUCCAUAGAGCUGCAGCCGUACACGUCUUCUCAGAGCCCUGAGGUCCACACACUCCUAAUAUGUGUAGGUGAGGUUGGCUGGCAUCCCAUGUAUUUGUAGCAUGUUUUCGGGAUUUGAUCCCCCCCCAUCUGUUUGUAGCAUGAAAGAACAGGGUUACCUACAACCUACUACAGAUUUAUGUCUUUUUGUAUAAGAAGCUCUCUCACCUUCUCAUUUUAUUUGGUUCUUUUAUGUGUAUGAAUAAUUUAGCCACUUAUUUGGGCUAAUGUUUGGUUACUUUCUAAGUUCUGCUUAUGUGAUGCUUAUGUACUUCUGAGUUAUGUUGUAGCUGUACCCAUCAUUGUGUCAUCAGAAUACAUUUCUGGUGCUGAUUACAUAAGGUUCAUCGCCUCAACCAAUCACAGCAGCAAAUAAGGGAAAUAAUCAAUAUAUUAGAGGUAUUAUUCAGAAUGAGUCCUUUACUUUUAUCCUCUUCCCCACUCUUAAUUCUUGUGUAAAGUUCUGAUUGUGAAUGUAAAUAAACC